GCCAGUUCUUUCCUAUUGGUGAGAGAUAUAAGGAUUUAACAUCAUGAAAUUUAUCGUAUUUUUGUUGUCUUCUCUCCUGGUCACUGGGGUUCUAACCAGACCCCAAUUCGGUGGGGAUGAAGACGAUGAUGGCGAGUUUGAGAGUGGUGGAAGUGAAGAUUUCGGAGGCGAUAACCCCAGCUCUUAUCAAACUGAUGGUGAAUAUGUCCCGGCCCGUUAUGGGGGUGCGGCCGACACCCCGAGCAUCAGUUCGUACCAAUCCAACGAAUAUUUACCAACUCGCAGGAAAGAAAAUAGUGAAGGCGACGACGGGGCAAGAUAUCAAGCAAGAUUAAGGUACAAUUAAUUUUAGGGGUUACGGCAGAAUCGUGGAAGGUAAAAUUAUGUAUGUCGAACUGCAUGGAUCAUGCGACUCAUUCGGGACUUUUGCAUUAAUCAGGCAGUAAAGGUGGUAUUCUGAGUGAAAAUUUUGAGCUUGAGUGGGAGUAGCCACUCACACUUUACGUGUUAAAAGAAUACAAAAUGUGAGUGGCCACUCCCACUAAAGCUCAAAAUUUUUAUUCAGAAUACCACCGUAAAUCUCUUUGUUUAAUAAAGUCGAGGCUCGUCAGAUAAAUUGAUCCGCAGCAAGAUAAGCAUAAAUUAAACACUUAAGUUUAAUUUAUGCUUGAGUUUAAAUUUAAAUUUAAACACACACUUGAGUUUAAAUUUAUUUAGAUGCAUGUACAUAAAUAUACAUAUUUAUGGUAUGUAUGCAUAGUACUUUUUUUGUACUGUAUGGAAAAAUCUAUGUUGAUGAAUAUAAUAUUUACUAUGAUAUUUAUCCAGUGAUAUUUUUGGUGUUCAGAUUGCAGAGAAUUAUUGAUUUAGGUAUUAAUGAUAUCCAUUAUUUUUAAAGUAGAUAUGAUACCAAAUAAGUAAUAUGAACCUGAAGUAUGUACAUAUGCAUGUCUACAUAGUUGGGCAUAAGUAUGUAUGUACUAAAGGUCGAGUAAAGUUUUGCAAAAAAAUGCUCCCUUUCCCCACAAAUCCAAUCCUCUGGCAGAUUUAAUUCAUAUGUUUAUAAAUAUUUCCAUAACACGAGAAAUACUUAUGUGUAAAUGGGUAUAUGUACAUACAUACGCACUGAUUGUAUCUAUGUAAAUAUUGACUUAUUUAAUUACACCCAGAAAAAUUGCAUGUGGUUCAAAUUUUAAUUCACUACAUAUUUCCCGUAUUUUCACAAAGCAUUAGACCUUUUUCCAAGGCAGGUAAAUAAAUAUACAUGCAAAUAAAACGCUGUUAAAAGCGGCAUCGGUUUGCAAUGUACAUAAAUACACAUGUUUGACGUGUAUUUCAUUUUAUGGGGGGCUUAAUUUGCAAUUUAACCAAAAUUACAAUUUGUUUAUAUCAAUUUUAUCCAGUUGCCUGUUUAGUGUUUAAAAUGGUUAUUACGAGAUAAAGCAAUACAUAAUUCUGAACAUAAUUAAUUCGUAUUAAUUAAUUGUGCAUAAUUUUGAACACUACUUGUAAAUUUAUGCAC